AUGUAUGCACAAGCCAACACUGUCACGCCAGUUUGUAUUGUGAUGACCACCUUCUCCACAGUGUUGGCACUGGGCAUGACGCCCCUGUUACUCGACCUGUACUGCCGGGGCUUCUCCAACCUGGAGAAUGCUGUACCCUACGCUGGCAUCAUGGUGACCCUGGUCAUGAGCCUCAUGUCCUGCACCAUAGGGAUCCUCAUCAACUACUUCAGGCCAGUGUACUCCAGGACCAUCACCAGGGCGGGCCUGUCUAUAACGAUUGUGGUGGUGGGCAUAAGAACCACGGUCAGCAUUGGUGCUGGGACCUCCAUCCUGACGGUGCUCUCUCCUUCCAUGAUGGCCAUCAGCACCCUCAUGCCUCUCAUAGGCUUUGCCUUAAGGUACAUCAUCUCCUUCAUCUUCAGAGCUGACGGAAAGGAAGUCACAACAGCAGAGAAACCAAAAAAGGAUAUUUGGAGUACAGUUAUUACAAUCUUUUGCUUCCGGGGCCGGAGGACAAUCACCAUGGAAACAGGCUGUCAGAAUGUCCAACUGUGCGCCACCGUUCUGAAGACGGCCUUCCAGUUGAUGGAGGCCACGGUGCUCAUCCUGCUGUCACCAGAUUCAAGCACCAACAGAAAGGCGGGUCAACCUGGCUGCCAACGUAGACGGACCGACAAUGAAACAGCAGAUGAGGUACCACAAAGUUGA